UACCUUUCAGCGUUAGUAGGUGGUGGUAGCAAUACUAGUGCGCCAUACUAUAGAGUCUAUAGUAGCUACAGUAGUGGCCUGCACGACGCAAGGCAAGGCGCGUCCAGGGAAAAGACGACAGGAGUACGAGUGGAACCAGUAUAAACCGCGCCCAACGUGACGCCAGGUGGCCAUCGCGCCACGACGAAGCCACAUCCUGCGAUCUACGGUUUGUUUUGUGCGUUACGGAUACCCUAUAGAUCGCUUGCGAUCAUCGGUUAUCGUCCACGGCCGAUGCGCUUCUCGCCAUCAAACGCGACCGUUCCAAUCCCCGUUGGACUGUUCGAGAAACUCGCGAAUGCGUACGAGUCGCGAUUCAGUGAAUCUUGGCGAAUCAACUAUACAGAUUUCUUUUUGGAGUGGACUUGGCUAGUGGCUGUCGAAAAUGAUCGGCGUCUUUUCGAUCGGAGGGCUUUCAAGCGGAGGGAUCCGUGACGGGAGAGUAACGGCAGCAGCGCAGACGAGUCGCAACAGUCGAGCUGCGAUCUCUCGCGCGUGAAAGAGUACGCUGUGAGGAAAGGUUAACGCUCGAAUUUAAAAUACAGUACACCUUCGCGUUGGAGUGGUUCCAGUGUCGUCGCGGUAAAUGGUAAAUCCGUUCCUGAGUUACAUGGAUCGUUGGAUAUUUGGAUGAAGCGCUUAGAACGGUGAUGGGUAAAAUUUGAUCGGUGUAACCCAUAAUGGAACGUGUAGCGAUCUAUUAUCGAUGUUGAUUCAAUCGAACAGGUGCAUUACUUGCGUCAAGUAAUUUUCAUUCUACUAUUAAAAUCCUAAUUUUACUUCAAACCGUUCACCGCUGAGUUACUCGUUUCAGUGAUCGCUCUUGCGACUGAUUGGAGAAAUUAACCACAGAGGUAAAUAAAGAUUACAUAAUCUACAAACAACAAAGAUUUGUCUACUGUUUCAUCCUCGAGUGCAACAGUUUCUAAUUCAUCAACGGACAAGUUGUUCGUCUAGAUAAAAAUAUUGCUCAUCUCUGUGACCGAGGAUCCUUGAUCGAUUAAAAAAUAUUCGAACGUGGGCGAUUUUAACGAUCAACAACGCCGACUGCUACAGCGACCAAGAACUCACGUUCCAAGAGAACGUAGGUAUGUGCACGUACGUGUGCACCUAGAUAGUUAACGCAUCAACGACGUAACGAUACGUUCAGUGAAAGUAUAGAUUACAAUUAGACGUACACGAGGAACUGAUCGAAUCAUCGCGUGACGCAUCGCGGUUAUCGCGAUAAAGGGAAGAGAUUGGUAAAAUGGGACCGAUGAUCGUGGUCUCGCGUAUCAACCUGUGGACUGGAAAUCGUUCCUCGAUGUGUACGUUUUAUCAGUGAACAAAUAUCGUUAUCGUCGUAAUAACCGGUGUAUGCUGAUCUAUCUAAAUGUUGCAACAAGUGUCAUUCGAGUGUGCUACCCCACCGAGGAACCAGAAACCAAAUCCAAGGCGCAGAGUAUUUUACGUUCGACGAUCAGUGAUGAAUAAUUCGCACGGGAUUCCGUUUCAAAGCGAUCCGUUCUCUCGUUGUCAGUCGUAUUGAGAGUUUCGACGGUUUUCUCGUUGUGCACGCGACAAAAUGCGUGUUGCGUGUCUGCUCGUGGCUGUUCUGACGGUUGCCCGUGGACAAUCGAACGAAGGGUUCGACCAGUCGUCCAUUUAUUACACGGAGCCGACCUUCGUUAACGCGAGCAACAAUGGAGGGCCCACGGAGUUGCCUGGCGGUCACAUCCUCAGGGGACAACGGUUGUUGGAGAGAUCGAAGAGUCCUUAUCUAUUGCGAGAGGAUCUCUUCGUGGACCGUGACUGCGAACUGGUGAUAGAACCAGGGGUGGAGAUCCGGUUUGGUCCUAUGAUCGGUAUCACCGUUCGCGGGAUCAUAACCGCGAAUGGGGAAUCACACGCGCCAAUCCUAUUAACAGCAUCAGAAGCCAACAAUCAAGUCCACCCUAUUGAAUCGCCACUUUCCAUACGACUGGUCGAUGGACCAACGCCGUUCGAAGGUCGAUUAGAACUAUUCCAUCGAAACGAGUGGCGUGCCGUUUGCACCAACUCACGAAACUGGACACGAGCCGAUUUAGAGACAGCAUGCAGACAGCUUGGUUUCCAAGGCGGACGAUGGUCGUCGUGGAUAGACAGACAAUGGCCCGCGAAACCACGAUUAUUAUACGAGCAACCAGGAUGUAGAGGCACCGAGUCCUCUUUGACCAACUGCGAGAGGUGGUCGGAUAGACAACUCGGAGGUGGCGUUUGCGACUAUCAUCCUGAUCUCGGUAUCGCCUGUUUACCUCGCCACGACGGGGCAACGAAGGCCAUUAAACAUUGGAGAGGAAUUCGCUUCGAGGAUGCUCUGUACGAUCGACCACUGAUCCAAGAAAAUACUAUUUAUAUACGAAAGUCGAAGUCGAUACUACGAAACGUAGUAAUAGAACACGCAGGAACAGGCAGAGAGUAUAACGUUACGGCUGCUAUCGACGUGGAAGGCGUUCCACCGCAAAUGGAAUCGAUUUCGGUUCUCCAUGCUGCCUCCACAGGGAUUAUUGUGACCGUACCCAACGCUCCUGUCAUAAUAAACAAUUGUACCAUCCAAAACAACAGAGGGUACGGGAUUUAUGUGAACAGCUCGUCAGGAAUGGCACACGUUAACGACUGUUCUAUAUUGGAUAACGGAGCCGAUGGGAUAAAGUACGUUCACUUCGACGAACGACCAGACGACAAAUUAGAUAGAACAGAGGUCUUCGAUUUAUGCACAUUUCCAACGACUGCUAGUCAAAUAUUCCCCCUUAUCAUAUCCAUGGAGCAGAGCAAAUACGCGCCCAACACGAAGCGCUGUCCACAACACAUAUUCACGAGAUCUGGACACGUAUUGACGAUACACUUUCUACAAAUGAAGACAGACAGAAACAACAGUGCCACGAUAGAAGUAUACGACGGUAUGAGCGUUGGGGAGAAGUUAUUAGCCAAAGUGAAAAUAAAAAAUGGAGCGUUGCCCCAAAGCGUGACGACGACUCGACAGAAUUUGUUCGUGAAAUUCAUCGCUGAACCGCGCACCAACACUAUCGUUUUCGUGCGAUUGACUUCGGGCUACAAGAAAACCUACGAUCUCAACGUGACCGGUAGCACAAUAGCUGGCAAUAACGGGAGAGGAAUCGCGGUGGAGAAACUGCGAUCGGCCCUGCACAUUCAGGAGACUUCUGUGUCCAGCAACAAGCACGUGGCUGGCGUGCACGUGUUGGGCGGCGCCGCGGAUGUAAAUAUCACGGGCAGCCGUAUAUCUUUCAACACGGGAGACGGAGUUAAUAUCACCCACACAGGAGGAAACCGUAACGUGUCCCGAACGAGCAUUUCCUCUAAUCAGGGGUACGGAUUCGCGGUGUGGUUGAACGACAGCGCGUCCACCGAAUACGUGUACUUCAAUCAGGCCACCGUGGUCGAGUAUUCGCAAAUUUUCAGAAACAAGGAUGUUGGUGUUCUUGUUGGCAACGCAACCGGCAAUUCCUACGUGAACGUGACGGGUAAUUGGUUCAAUAGCAGCGCCGAGACAGCGUUACAAGUGGAGUCCAGUUGGAGGCAGAAUGAAGGGUUGUUGAGGCUCCAAAUUGGUCACAAUUCCUUCGUCCAGAACGCUAAAUUCGGGAUCAAGCUGAGCCCUGCGCUCAACAUGGAGGCGGUUAUCGAGUACAAUAAUUUCAGAGAACAGUCCAGUGGCUGUAUAUUGAUAAAAAAUCCUCUCUACGAGGAGUUCAACAUUCUUCCCGUGGAUAUCAUUGUUCGGCACAACGAGUUCUACGGAAAUCGCGGUGUCUUUGUAGUCAGUAUCGGGCUCUCGCCGUACAGCGACGCGCAGAAGUUAUUGUUCACGAGAAACUUCCUGCGAGACAAUCGCGUUCGCGAGUUGUUCGACGAUGGGAACACGAUGAGAUCGAGAUUGAUACCGCGUUCCAGAGUGGCAGCGGUCGUCGUCGUUUCCUCGAGCAACGUGGUGGUUUUUCGCAAUAUUCUGAACAAUCCCGAGUCAUCGUACGAGAUUGGGUCUCACUUGGAAGAUCAGAGCAAAAUUAUUAACUGCACUUAUAAUUGGCUUGGAUUCCCAGAGGAGAACAAAAUAUUUGAACGACUGUUUCACAGAAAGGACAGGUACAACCUGGCUAAAAUCGAGUACCUCCCGUAUUUGCUGCACAACAGCAAUCCAGGGGCCACCACGAUCAUUUCGAAUCCAACGUUCGUGCCGCAAUUCGUUACACCCGGUACAAAUUUAGUAGGUGGCGAAGUCGAUGGUCUGGAGUCACUCAAAGCUGGAGAGUAUAUCGUCGAGCGCGAUAUCAACGUACGACCGAGUGGUAAAUUAAUUCUACACCCUGGUGUUACGUUACGUUUCCCCCUGGCUGUGGGGAUGAUGGUCGCUGGCAGGCUCGAUGCUCGUGGCAAACGACCUAGCGAUAUUUUGUUCACCUUGAAGGAGGAAAUUGUCAUGGAUACUGACAACGAAACCCUGACGGAUGAAGGACUUGGUCAAAUUAACGAAAUGGAGUCGCCUGUGAGGCUUCUUGGGGGAAAGACCAAUCUCGAGGGAAGAUUACAGGUAAAAGUAGGUGAAAAAUGGGGAACAGUUUGUAAUUAUGGCUGGACAAUCCGCGACGCAGCUCUAGUGUGUCACCAAUUAGGCCUGACCCUGGACCCUGACAAUUGGCUCAUGGAACGCUCUCAGAUUCCAAACGCGGGUAUCAACGAGGACAUCGUCCUGAGCAAUGUCAGAUGCACCGAGGAUGACAACGACAUAUCGAAGUGUCGAGCAGAGACGGAACAGAGCUUCGAGAAUUCUUGUACUCACGAGAACGAUGUGGGUGUCAGGUGUUCGGAGGCCGCUUGGGCGGGCCUUCGAUUGGGGCCAUUGGCUCAGAGGAGCGACCUCCAGUUCGUCACUAUCGAAAAAGCAGGGUUGCUCGAUUAUGCCACGAAUUCGUUCAAGCCAGCCUUGCAAAUCGAUUUCGCACGACACUCCCUGGACAGUGUUCGAGUCAUCGACAAUCUUCAAGAUGGUUUAGGAGUACUCUACUCGGAUAUAUAUUCUGCUGACGCAGUGAACACCGUCAGAAACAGCGACUUCUCCCAGAACGGCGGCAGCGGUAUCAGUUUCAAGCAGUUGGGGAUGCAAAUCAUUAAUUCUAGAAUCGAGUAUAACAAGGUUGCUGGGAUUAGACACAACCCUACUUUAUCCGCAGUCCAGCAAAGAGAAUUCGCGGGCUGGUUUCAACGUGUACCAGACGCGAUCGAAUCUUCCUACGAUCCGAUAGUCAUACCCACCUACACAACGGAAAUUGAACUUUCCGACGGGGAAACUAAGUAUAUAACAACGGCCAAAGUCAACGGCGAGUCAAUCCAUCAACGCCUCAACAUCUUAUGCAGACCAGGAUACGUGAUCGGUAUUCAGCUUCUGAAUCCCAUCGAGAAUCGCAGCACGGAGCAGAUCAUCGUGUACGACUCGCAGUACGGUGAUCCUAAUCGAGAUGUUUGGCACGUGAAACGCGAUUUGGCCGUCUUUCCUGUGACAUCCAGCUCAUUUGCUGUGAUCCUGGAGUACGACAGUGGCGUGAAGGCUCUUGGUGGCGCUGUUAUGGUUAUUACAGCUCUACGAGCCCCCAUACAGGAUGUACGAAACAAGAUUGUAAGAGGACCGAUUCCAACCUUGCUAGUCACAAAGUCCAAGAUCAAGAACAAUAGAAGGGGUAUACUAGCAUCCUUUUACAACAGAUACUUGGACGAGAUAGGUGACCAUUUUCUGCGAAAAGCAAACGAGACCAUACAACUGAUCACCUGCGAGGUGUCCCACAAUCAGGAAGAAGCGAUUUACGUGCACUCGCCCCAUUGGAAUAUUUUUCAGACGAACCUAUCCGAAAUCGCCAUUCACAUCAACGACAGCCUGAUCACGGACAAUGGGAAUGGGAUAUACCAGUUCAGUCGCGAUGCUAGGCACUCAAAUAAUCUCUUUCACUGGAUUAUGCAAGACAGCACCGUAGAAAGGAAUCGAAGAGGUGGUUUCGAAGUGGCGUUGCCAGAGGUCUGGCAGUACAACGAGAAUUUCACGCACACCUUGUACUUUGGUAACAACACUUGGCGUAACAACGAGCUAUUUGGUUUCAUAGUAGACGGCCAUUACGCUACCCUAAACGUUUCUCACAAUCGAUUCGAAGGGAACAGAUGUAAGACUGGUUUGAUAUCUGUCCGCGGAAUGGAAAAGAAAAUGCGAAUCGACAAUAAUCGCAUUUCGAGCAACACUGGUGUCUACAUGGUAGAGUUCAAGGCAGACAGCCAGUCGGAGAUUUUAGGAGACGUCGAUGCUCGUUUCUUCAAUAACGAGAUCAAACGGAAUAGCUACGAUCUAGCUGGCAUGGGUCCACGUCGCACGGAUGAUAGUCCGAGUUACGUGGUGGGCUUCCAUGGCAUCCAAAAAGUGCGGAUAAAUAGAAAUUUAUUUGGUGAUAAUUCUUUGGACUAUGAGCUGCUGGCUGGUAUAAGGACUGCAAAGAUCAAUAAUGAGGUUGACGUGACUGAGAACUGGUGGGGAACCCCUGAGGACAUUGAGAUAAGACGAAGGAUCUUCGACUUCGACGACUGGAACGACCACGCAGUGGCUCGUUAUCGACCUUUCUUGACAAACGACGCCCUCGAUUCAUCUGUUUCCGCGUCUUGGCAGAUCGUAAGAGAAGUAGACUUGGACAACUUGGGCGGACGUAUCGUGGAGAAUUUAUCUAUACACGCCAGGGAUAAACCCUACGUGGUACGAUCGGAUAUCACCGUGAUGCCAGAGUCCACGUUGCAUAUUUAUCCAGACGUUGUCAUGGAGUUUGCUCCCAACGUCGGUAUCCUUGUUCUUGGUACGUUGAAAGCCGUGGGUGCACCUGGUCAUGAGAUUAUAAUGAAGCCAAUGGAACGUAGCGAUAUAAACGAAUCAGUCAUCGUCAAACCUACUAGAAACUCUGGAAAUGUUGUCUCAAUGUCGGAGGAAACGAUUCGUCUUUGCAAGGAUGGACGGUGUUCUUCCUUGCACAAUGAAGGUUUCCUGGAAUUCUUCAAUAAAACAACCUUACAAUGGAUACCCCUCUGCGAUACCAGAUUUACUGAGAGGAAUGCUCAAGUGGCCUGUCGUCAAUUGGGCCACGACACGCUCAACGUCUUCGUAUCGUACGAUCGUAGAUACGAAUUGCAUCCUGGUUCUCUGAUACGAGUUUGGUCUUGGCCUGAACCAUUACAGUGCACUGGGAGAGAAGAGAAAUUAGAAGACUGCCAGAUUCGAUUAAACGGUCAACUAUACGGUCACCGACACGAAUGUCCAUGGGACAGCCAAUUUGUCUUCAUCAGUUGUGGAAAACGGAAUCUGGACGAUGCGCAUGAUUACUGGGGUGGCAUACGCAUCGCCAAUGGCGAGUUCGAACAUCAUUUAUACGAGCAUCGCAUCCACGACGUGGUUACUCACGAGACAGUGAGACGAGUCGAAUCAGUUUUGAGACAUAUCAACAUAACUGGUGCUGGAAUUCUACAUUUCGAGAAGUCAGCUGCUCUGCAGACAAUUAUGAAAUCACCGGCGAUAACGCAGGUGAACAUAAUUCGCAGCGCCUAUCACGGUAUCAAUGUGAUAUCACCUACUCACACGGUUGAAUUACUAUUCAACACCGUCGAUAACGUGCUUGGAAACGGUAUCAACAUACUCUCGAUAACGGGCGAAGGACGCGAAGCUGAAGAAAGUUCAUUCACACCAAUUAAAGACCUCAGUAUCCCUUAUCAUCUGUUCAGUAUGAUCGAUAUAUGUGAUACCACUAAAGAGAUCACGCUCGAGGAACGAGUGAUCGUGUACUACAAGUAUGACAAUCACCCUGUAAGCUGCGUUAAAAUCUUUCGCAGCGCCUACAGGGCCAAACCCUUUGGAUUUAGGCUCCUACAGUUCAAUCUUUUCAACUCUACUGGAAAGCUUGGUCGCGUCGACAGUAUUACUUUAUACGAUGGAGAUAUUUACAACGUCACUGCCAAGAGUAUAGGCCACCUGGAAGCUGAUAGUCCCGACGAGAAGAAGCUUUUCAAAACCCAGGGCCCCAGCCUCAGUAUAAAACUGUUCGCUAAUGGUGCAAGCAACGUGCACGGGUUUAUCGCAGAAGUAAUUACCCUGCCAAUCUCCGCCAUUGGAUUUAAUCGCGACGUCCAACACAACGUUUCUUAUUCCGUUAUAUCGAAUUGCCGCGAGGGAGCGAUAAAAUACGCAAGUGCUGGCGAAGUAAACGCAAUAAUGACCCUGGAACGUAAUCAGUUCACGAACAAUUGCGAGAAGCUUUACGGUAAUUUCUCGACUUGCAAAUCUGCGCUAUGGCUGGACGUUCAAAAUACGCAGUCUUUAUACUUCAGAAACAAUCUAGUUCAGAAGAAUCAAGGUGGACUUUCGAUCCGAGCUGAUUCCAGAGGUUCGGCCACUUCUUUGAAAGGGUGGAUCCAUAACAAUCUCUUUUCAGAGAACUAUAACAAACCCGCAUUAUACGUGGAGGGCCGCCAAAGCAGUCCAUAUCAAGAAGUCACUAUAUUCAGAAACUAUUUCACGAAAAACAACGCUCCCUACGACAACAACAUCGUUCUGAAACAAGUAGUCAGUAACAUGACGCUCAAUUAUUUGCACGCCAAUCUCGGCGCGCAUCUUUUGGAAAUUUCAGGAUUCGAAAGGGUCCGUCUACCUAUCUACCAAACCACGUCUCACAAUGGUUUCUACAAAAACUAUGCAGUGGACCGCAAUGGACGUAGUACAAUAGUCGCGGGGACCCCUGGCCAACAAUACGUCGACAAUGUAUUGUUCAAUCCAGACAACGAUUACGAAAUGCUCACAACGAACAGAUCAGAGCAAUUAGAGAUGUGGAAGUCACACGUGGAUGCGAGACAUAAUUGGUGGGGAUAUAACGAAACGUUAGCUGUGGCAGGUAGAGUAAGAGACAGUGGAGAUUCUCCCGAUUUGCUGCAAGUCGAUUAUCAACCUUUUCACAUGAGCAAUGCAUCCGUUCUGAAUGGAAAGUGUCCACCGGCGUGGGAUCUCGUGGGCGACACGUGUUACAUAUAUAUUGGUGCUCCAAUGGACUUCUAUAGUGCUCGAGAUUUCUGCAGGUCGGUAAAUGCAUCUAUGCCAUUUAUCAUGGGUGAUUACGUGGAGCUCUGGCAUUUCAUACGAAAACAACAGGAACGUUACGAUUAUUCGGAUCGUGCCUGGGUACAGCAGUUGGAUCGCGUGGAUCAAUGCACAACUUUCACUUAUCAAACGAUAGAGAUCGAUUAUUGUGGUCAACGCAGCCCCUUCGUUUGCGAAAUUGAUCCUAGAGUGAACAUCGACCCGCUAUCAUGGAGAAAAGACAUUGUGGCAGUGGCUGUGUUAGGGGCAGCAGGAAUAGCACUCGCGUUGUUAACAGCUGCCAUUGCUCUCUGGGUAUCGAAGUCGAAGAGACGGAAUCUCGAAAGAUUGGAAAGGCGAAACUCUAUCAGACAAUCCCUGCAUUCUCUGCGAUCGGUUGGUUCUACUUCUGGAUUCACAGAACUUGCGUAUCGACGUAAACCUAUUACGGUGAGGAUUCCUUAUCUUAGCUAGCUCCAUAAUGAUAUCGAAAGAAGAAGAAGUCCCAAAGAAGUCCCAAGAUAUAGAAGAAAAUGUCGAGUUUAUUUGAAUAAUUUUUAUCACUACCAAUGAAGGAGGGAAGCGUAGUCCAAAAAGAAGUGCAUAUUUAGAAUUGUUUUUU